CUGCACUGGCCACGACUAUGUUAUUACCCCGUCCAAUUGUGGCCAAUUUACCUCAGUUGACGAUCGGACCGAGCGCUGGACGCUGGAGACACACUUCGGAACGCCAUGUUUGUCCUUUGGAGGUUCAUUGCGGUUCUGGUGCUGGUCGGGCUAGGUGUCGAUCAGUCUUGGGCCGAAGGUGGCGCAGAAGAGGAGAUCCUCGAAGGUGGCGGCGUAAGAUUCGGUGUUCAACGGGGGUCGCAGCAGCAGUUGACGGCUGGGGUGCGGAUCGAAGAUGGGGAGGAGGUCACCAAGGAAGACCUGCUUCGACCCCAGCGGAAGAGGCGGUCCCGGGACAUUGACGACGACGGAGGUGCAGAUUCGCCGCUGUGGCAAUGGUUGACCGGCCGGGAUCAACCGAACCGGUGCGUGAUGGUAUCGGUGGGUGGUGUCAUCGGCGGUGGUGCCCUGACGGGGGCCUUUGUGGGCGCUGGCAUCGGAAGUAUCUUCACGGGGCCUGGCACUGUCGUGGGAGCGCUGGUUGGCGGAGUGGUCGGGAUGUUUGGUGGGAUCAGUUUUGGACAUCGGGCUGGAGCGGCCGCGUGUGACACUUCCUGCGGAUACAGUCGGUGCUACUAGCGAGCGAGUGAGUGAGUUGUAAACAGGAUGGAAUAUAAAUUUGUGAAAAUGCUCAAA